GGCUAUUUGGUCACGUGAACAUUUACGUCAGUGUGCUUUUCACAAAGACGAAAUCUGACUGGUAGUUAGUCGUUUGCUGAUGUGUUUGUGGUUGUUGACUGAAAGGGAAUUUGCCUCCGAACAGUGCUGAUAAUUGUUGCAUCUCUUGGAUUUUUGUAUUCUCCAAAGAUGUCAUCCUCAAAAUCGAGUGUAGGAGCCGACGAUCUUUUGGCAGAAUCAUGGGAAGAAAUAGCGCCUCUCACUGCUCAAGGAGGAGGAACUCCCGCUUCAAUAACCACCACAUCUCAACUAACUGUCGAAGACUAUUUGCGUUUGCUUAAAGAAGCUCAAGAAUCCAACCAGUCUUCGUGCAGGGAUUCUCUAGCUGGAUCCAGAAGGGAUUCGCCUAGAAGUAGCCCUAAAUCACCUCCAAAUAGUCCUAUAGUGCAAGGAACUCCACUUAACUUAGAAUGGCAAGCUUAUUAUGUAAACUGUGACUCUAAAGAGGUAAAUAUAUACAGGGUGUCCUCACGUAAAAAUAUGAUUUAAAUUUUAUAUCAUGUA